GUCGACGUGUGCAAUAGUGGCCUGAUGCUCUAUGGGGAGCUGCACGAUCGCCUUUUUGAGUACCAGAAAGAAGGCGUGGCCUUUCUCUAUAGCCUAUAUAAGGACAAAAGAAAAGGUGGCAUCCUGGCAGAUGACAUGGGCUUGGGGAAGACCGUUCAGAUCAUUGCUUUCCUCUCGGCCAUGUUCGAUGCUGAAUUCGUAAGGCAUGUCCUAUUGAUCAUGCCAAGCAGCCUAAUCAGCACGUGGAUCAAAGAAUUUGCAAAGUGGACCCCAGGAAUGAGGGUUGCAACCUUUCACGGAUCUAGCAAGAGUGAACGUACUAAAAAUCUAACUAGGAUUCAGAGGAAGAAUGGUGUGGCUAUUACAACAUACCAAAUGUUAAUCAACAACUGGCAGCAACUUUCCCAAAUGGAUGGGAAAGAGUUCGUCUGGGACUAUCUUAUACUUGACGAGGCCCAUAAAAUUAAAAGCUCAUCUACCAAGUCAUCAAGAAUUGCCCGUUGUAUCCCUGUGAAAAAUCGUAUCCUCCUUACGGGAACACCAAUUCAGAAUAACUUGUAUGAGCUGUGGUCCCUCUUUGACUUUGCCUGUCAGGGAUCCUUGCUAGGAACAUCCAAGACCUUUAAAAUAGAGUAUGAAAAUCCUAUUACUAGGGCAAGGGAGAAAGAUGCUACUACCGGAGAGAAGGCCCUGGGGUUCAAGAUCUCUGAAAACUUGAUGACUCUUAUAAAACCCUAUUUUCUCCGGAGAACUAAAGAAGAUGUCCAGAAGAAACGUGCCAGCGAUAAGCAGAGCAUUCUUCCGGAAAAGGAUCCGGGUGGUGGUGAUGUCUGUGAAAUGCCUUCCCUUUCCAGGAAAAAUGAGUUCAUUAUUUGGGUGCGUCUAGUGCCUCUGCAAGAAGAAAUCUACAGGAAAUUUGUAUCCCUGAACCACAUCAAACAGCUCUUGAUAGAAACACGUUCACCUCUGGCUGAGCUGAAUGUCUUAAAAAAGUUAUGUGAUCACCCCAGGUUACUGUCAGCACGGGCCUGCAGUCUGUUAGGUCUCAAAGGAAGUAGCCUCUCUGGUGGGGAUGAAAGUCAGUUGGUUCAUUCAGAUACCCGGAUCGAUCAGAUACCACAUGAUUCCCUAAUGCAAGAAUCUGGGAAAGUGAUAUUCCUCCUGGCUUUGCUUAAGAGAUUACAAGAUGAAGGACAUCAAACUCUGGUGUUUUCCCAAUCCCGAAAACUUCUAGACAUUAUAGAACGCCUGUUAAAGGCAGAAAAUUUCAAGACUUUGCGGAUCGAUGGAACUGUUACUCAUCUUUCAGAAAGACAGAGGCGAAUUGACUUAUUUCAGCAGAGCCGGGGAGUCUCUGUUUUUCUCCUCACUUCCCAAGUAGGCGGAGUAGGCCUUACUUUAACAGCAGCAACUCGAGUGGUCAUUUUUGAUCCUAGCUGGAAUCCUGCAACUGAUGCACAAGCAGUAGACCGGGUUUACAGAAUUGGCCAAAAAAAAAAUGUCGUCGUAUAUAGACUGAUCACCUGUGGCACGGUGGAAGAGAAAAUAUAUAGAAGACAGGUUUUCAAGGACUCAUUAGUAAGACAGACGACUGGGGAUAAAAAAAACCCUUUCAGAUAUUUUAGCAAACAAGAAUUAAGAGAGCUCUUUACAAUGGGGGAUUUUCGGAGAUCUGCGACCCAGCUGCAGCUGCAUUCUCUACAUGCUGGUCACAGAAAGACUGAUAGGGAACUAGAAGAACAUAUCGCUUACCUGCACACUUUGGGAAUCGCCGGAAUCUCGGACCAUGAUUUGAUGUUCACACAGGAUGUUCCUGAAGAGUUAGAGGAAGGACAAUCUCAGUAUAUUCAAGAAAGGGUUCAAAAGGCUCAACUCCUGGUUGAAUUAGAGUCUCAGAAUAACGAACUGUUAAUGAGCAAUAUAAAAAGCGGAAUGGAGGAAAUCUGGUGGAAAGAACCUGCAUUUUCCAGACCAAAGAAAAAAGGCCCAGAAUUGAAUGUUAUGCGUCAUCUUUCACCACCUGUCGUCAUUGAUCUUACGCAGGAAGACUCUCUCCAUUCUGGAAUUGCAAAUCUGAGUAUCACUGAAGACGUGGACGUGCCUGUAAAACAAUCUGAUGUUGACGUGCCUGAACACAAAGCUGAUGAUGAACUUGGAACUACUUUUUCCAGUGAAGAGUGCCAGGAAAUGGAAAUAUCAAAGACCAGUAGUAAUCCCAAUGACAGUCAAGUUUCAAUAGAUAACACUCAAGACAGUGUAAAGCAGUUAGCUCAGGAAAUAGCAAAAGCUGAUACUGAGCCAAAUCCAGAUCAACUACCAAAGGAUGAGAUAGCCCUGGAAUCUUUCCUCUUGCCCAUCAGUCCGGAGAAGUCUGUGGAACUGGGUACUCCUAUUAGAAGCCUGAUGGGGGAUAUAUCAGCAUGCCCAAGUGCAUGGGAGAAUUCUGGACCAAAUCAGACCAGGUUAGGGAAAGACUCCUUAGUUUCUUCACUACAGAAUGUUGGUGAUUUCAAUCUUUUCUUAGAAGACUCUCCAGGGAGUGGCCAAAAUCUUUCUAAUCUACCUCUGGAACCCACUGAGAGGGAGAAUAUCCCGUGGGAUUUAGCAGACAAUCCUGGAGGCGAAAGUAGUAGCGUCAGGUCUCCACAGCUUGAUGAUCGCUCUGGAGAAAGUGAACUAGAAGAUGAAAUAAUUCAUGUGAAAACAAGAUAUAAGGCCAAGAAGAUUGUUUCCGAUGAUGAAGAUGAUUCUGUGACCGAAGGAACGAUGUCCCCUUUACCAAACCCAUUACUCACACAAUUUAGUUCAACUCCGAAAAGCAACAUGUCCCAGCCUGAAUUGUUUUUCUCUGAAAUAUGCAGUAGUGGGAAUAAUGCUGCAAUUUCUAGAAGAUCCCUGGCUUCUAGGAGGUCUCUUAUUAAUGUAAUUUUAGACCAUGUUGAAGAUAUGGAAGAAGAUGCCAGUGAGCCAAAGAGUACCAAGGAGUAUUUAGAAGAAGAAGAAGAGGAAGCAGCAGCAGAAUCUAGUCAAGAGUCUGAGCACUUGGAAGAAGAACCCACCGAAGAAACCCCAGUGUUCGAGAGCGAGCCCUGCUCUUCGCCUGCGCCUCACGCAGACUCGGCCCCGGGUGCAUCCGAUAAAGAUUCACAAGAGACGCCUGAGCACAACCCAAGUUCAGCUGCAGAGGCAACAGAUGAGUACGAGACUCUCGUCAGGCGUGGAAAAGAAUUGAAAGAGAGCGGGAAAAUCCAGGAAGCACUCAACUGUUUACUGAAAGCCCUUGAUAUACGAAGUACAGAUCCUCAAGUCAUGCUCAUGACUUUAAGUUUAUAUAAGCUACUUAAUCAAACUUGAAAAUCCAUUGCAAGCUUAUGUGUGCUGAUGUUUGUAAUUCUGUCUCUCCGGGGGGAAGGCGACAGAGGAUAGGUUCUAGCACGUUACAGAACAUGUUCGUGUUCCUACUUUUUUUGUGAUCGCUAGUUUUGUUCAUUACUGCCAUCAAGGCUGGGGAGGAGUGAGAUUCUGGCUGCCUGUUUUGUUCUUAUUGUUCUACUUUGGGGGCAGUCCAAAUGGGAGAAAGCUGUUUUAAGAGGUUCUUUUAUGUUUACAAGCCGGUUGGCCCUGUUCUGAAAAAACAUCCCCAGGGCUUUCCAAUGCAG